CUAAUCAGUCAGAGGUGUGCUAUGAGCAAUAGAGCUCUUUUACACCACCAACUCAGAGACAUGGAGAAUAUCCCCUCAGAGGGGCUGCUUUCCACGUAUACAAGGCGUACUAUUGCUUCCCUCUCCAGGUCUCCCACAGGGUGAUUCGAGUCAAUAAACCAUAUGAAUAGUAGUAGUGAAUUGCUCAGUGAAAAUAAAUUAAUCCUCCAGGCGAUACAAUGGAAUUCAUGAAAAUAUAAUCCUAUGAACAUGAAGAGAUAGAGCUUUACCAAUUAUACUUUGGGGGCUAGAUUGUGAUUUUAGGUAGAGCUAAGGGGCGGUGCAAAGCCACCCUGUCCCUGCAGAAGCCCCAAGAGGCAUUUUGCAUCAGAAACCGAGUCACAAGUCCUCCCUUGUUUCCUUAUUGCUCGUGGGAAGGUAGUAGUUUAACACUGGCCUCUACCAACCGUAAAUUUUCAUCCACCCUCUGCUGGCUCAGGCAGCAGGUGGAGUUUUGAGUCAAGGCUCCACCCAUUCUCCACCACUCCUUGCGCCCUCCCUCUGGGGAAGGGAUAAACAGACAAGCAGCCCCACUUGCUCCUACUGAACCCAAGAUCCGGACAGCCCAAGAUCUGUAAGGAGGGUGGGGUUUUUAGCCUCUCUUACUCCCAGGCAUAUAACCCAAGUCACAACUGAGGCCAGAGUUUGCAUUAUCAGCCAAAAGUAAAACUCGUUGACUGUACCUUCAGCUAUCCUUCUGGGCAUCCUGCAGUCUGCCAAAGCUAUUCCGAUCUCCCAGGUGGUGGUGUGUACACCAAUAUAUUCACUGCCUCUCCAGAUCAGACUAUACUUGGAACCUUUACACCUUUUGGACAUGGCAGUAUUUGCCUUCAUAACAGUAACAUCAUAGCAAUGAUGUUUAAUCAGGAAGGAGGCAUGGUGACUAAUAAAGAUGGAGAAAUAGUCAGAGAAUGGAUAUGGCCUCCGGUGGGAAAGCUUAGUGAUCCAGUUUUAAUGCAGGUUAAUGACUACAUCACUGUGAGGAUUGCAGGGCGCUUUGCUAUUAGCUUGGUCUACAAGUGGCAACAUGAAAGCGUGCGAUUGUCUUUGUCACCACUACAAGGUGUGGCUCUUCCACAAUUAGAAGAACUGGGCCAGAUACUCACCAGAGUUAAACUUUCAUCCAAAUCAGCUAAAGAAUUCGCUAAAGUAAGCAGGAAAAAAUUGAGAGAGAAAGAAACAAAGAAGGUUCUAAAGAAAGAACCAAAGUUAUCAGAGUUGGUGAAGACACUUGAAAUCCCAGAGGAGAACAUAAGCCAUAUAAAUGACUUCAGUGCAGCCAGAGAAUUAAGAAAACUACAGCAGAAGAUCAAGACUAUUUUGGAUGACUGGCUGCAACAUUAUCGAAUGGCUUUUGAAAUUGACUCGCCACACAUUCACAAAAUGCCUGGCCUUCCUCAGAAAGCUUUAAGAAAACGCACAGUGCAGUCUGCAGCUGCUUCCCUGGUUACCUCAAUUGUACAGAGAGCACAAGAGAAGAACAGAGAGGACAGUGGAGCCCACGAGUCAGACAGCUCUCUCCUGCUAGCUCGUUUUCAAUCAGCUCCUGCUCACAACAUGCAGGGGGAGCUGUCGCCUUAUUCUCCCAGAAUUUCUUCUUUAGUAAACAGCAAUAUCAAACCAGAUCAGCCAAAUGUGCCUCAGUUCAGUUUAAAUAAAUACACCCCUGUAUUACAGAACUCCUACGUAUCUGGUGAUAAGCUAUUGUUUACGUCCCACAGUGCUUGCCCUGUUGUCCUUCGGAGAAUACUGAUGGGGCAGGAAGGAAAGAUAUGCAGAUGUAGUAAUCAUCAGAUUCCAUAUGUAUCAGACCUGGAGUAUGAUCACCUUAUUAACAACCAGAUGUCUGCCCUGGAACAAAUCAUGGUGGUCUGUGUGUCUUCUUCCUUGAAAACAAAUGGGGAUCCAAGUGAAGACAAAUUAGAGCAGCUCCACGAGAGGAAGAACAGGAACCGAAGUAUGCCGUGUAUUCAGGGUCGCCUGGACUCCUAUCGUCUCCUCAAGUAUGACAUCACCUCUGCAGAUGAAUUUACCGGUCAUAAAGGUUCAUUACUGGUGCAAAGACAUAAUGUUGCUUCCGGCAUGUUUUUGAUGUACAUUCAAGGAAAGCUGCUCUUUGCCAAUUAUAUUUUCAAUGGAUAUAGCAAGUCAGCUAAAGACCUUCAAAAACAAAUAGCAAAGACCAGGAGUGAUUACCAUAUGGGCUACUGUCUACCCAACGAUUUCAGAUUCAGUUUCCUAGAGGACAGCUUGCAGAGUUACUCUUGACAUAAAAACCCAUGCCAAAAUGGAAUUCAGAACAUGUUUCUAAACUUAUUUACUGAGUCACUGACAGUGAUGGAGUGGGAGAAAACUGAUGGAGCAUCAAUCAUCACACAGCCAAUAAGACUUAGGAAAUCAAUCGAUUGCCAGGUGGACCUCAUCUGGGAACUGGCAAAUUAUAGGGUCUGUGGACAGUCACUAAGGA